GGCAGCAUCGUUUCCUCUCAGCUCAGACAGGCAGGAAAACUUUUCUUUCUCUGGCUCUGGCUUAGAUUCUUCUUUAAUUUAUUAAUGCCAGAGGAAGGAUCCCUUUGCAACUUUAAGGAUACCUGUCUCAUCUGGGCAAACCAGUCUGUUUCGGACAGCUGAGAAGAGUGUCAUGCUGUACACCGCGCCUCUUGAGCAGGGAUGACUGAAAUCUUCCAGUACCCACCCUCUUCCUACUCUCCGUUGUCUUUCUCCUGAACCCCUGUGUUCACACUUUUCCCCAAGACCCCUCCGGCAUGCAAGGGUCAAGUCAGCAGGAUUUCUCAUCCAGCACAAUCCUCUCUCCAACUGUGUUGUGAUCCUGUUCCUCAGCACCGUACUUGAGCAGAAGGCUUCCCAAGCAAAACAAAGGGAUUAACAAUGAACUUUGCUCUCACCAGGAGACACGGUCUCCCCUUAAACAGAAGACUGUGAGAUCUGAUGAAAGUCAGCCGAAGGCUUAGUGGAAAUGAAAAACCGAACAACCCAUGUCAUGGUUGGAUGGCAAUAAUCAGGAAAAGGCCAUGGAAGGAGAAAAUAUGAACUCCACAGUAAAUACCAGCACAAUGGACAUUCACUUGGUCACUCACAGUCUCUGGGAGGUGAUCACCAUUGCAACUGUCUCAGCUAUAGUCAGCCUCAUUACCAUUGUGGGGAAUGUUCUAGUGAUGGUCUCGUUUAAAGUCAACAGCCAACUGAAGACAGUAAACAAUUACUACCUGCUGAGUUUGGCAGCUGCUGACCUCAUCAUAGGUGUUUUCUCCAUGAAUUUAUACACCUCUUACAUACUGAUGGGUUACUGGGCCUUAGGAAAUCUUGCCUGUGACUUGUGGUUGGCUGUGGACUAUGUGGCUAGUAAUGCCUCAGUCAUGAACCUGCUAGUGAUCAGUUUUGACAGAUAUUUCUCCAUCACCAGGCCUCUAACCUACAGGGCCAAACGGACUCCUAAACGAGCUGGCAUCAUGAUAGGUUUAGCCUGGCUAGUGUCGCUUGUUCUGUGGGCCCCACCUAUUCUCUGCUGGCAGUACUUUGUUGGAAAGAGGACUGUCCCUGAGAGGCAAUGCCAAAUCCAGUUUUUCUCUGAGCCUGUGAUUACCUUUGGGACAGCUAUUGCAGCCUUUUACAUCCCUGUAUCAGUCAUGACAAUCCUCUACUGCAGAAUCUACAAGGAGACAGAAAAGAGGACAAAAGAUCUUGCAGAGCUUCAGGGGAUUAACUAUUCUACAGACUCUGGGGUGACCCAGCCUCAGAAAACCAUCAUCAGGUCUUGUUUUAGCUGCAAACUAAGUUCAGCUUCACAUGACAGGACCCAGGCCUCCUGGUCAUCCUCAACUAGGAGUAACGCUGUCAAAUCAGCAGCAACCACCAGUGAUGAGUGGUCCAAAGCUGGACAGCUGACCACAUUUAACAGCUAUGCCUCCUCAGAGGACGAGGACAGGCCAGUGUCUCCAGGAGACUUUCAGGCCUCCUUCAGGAACCAGGGUUGUGAGGCCAGCAAGAGUGGAGUAUGCAGCGAGAGCGAGCAGCUCAGCAGCUACGAUGAAGACAGUUUCUUUCAGACACCACCCAAAAGCAGCUCUCAGAAGAGCAGCAAGUGUGUGUCCUACAAGUUUAAACCAGUGACUAAAGAAAGCCACGUCGAGCACCAAAGCAAAAAUGGAGACACGAAAAUGGCAUCAUCAACAUUCUCCUCGGCUGAGUCUAUGAGCGUUCCAUCCACCUCCACGACGUCCAAGCCCAUAGACACAACGCUGAAGAACCAGAUCACCAAGAGAAAGAGGAUGGUGCUGAUCAAAGAAAGAAAGGCGGCUCAGACUCUCAGCGCCAUCCUGCUGGCCUUCAUCUUAACAUGGACUCCUUAUAACAUCAUGGUGCUUAUUUCUACCUUCUGCUCACACUGCAUCCCUGUCUCCCUCUGGCACCUGGGCUACUGGCUGUGCUACGUCAACAGCACUGUCAAUCCCAUGUGCUACGCCCUUUGCAACAAGACUUUCCAAAAGACCUUUCGCAUGCUCUUACUCUGCCAGUGGAAAAAGAAAAGGAUUGAAGAAAAACUAUACUGGUAUGGACAAAACCCUGUGGUCAGCACUAAACUGGCCUGAGCUUUCAAGGAGUAAGACAAUUGCUGUAAAUCAUACAUUUGCACCAAUAACUAUGGCUUUAUGAACUUCUACAUACAUAUUAGGUGAUAUCAAAAGAUAUCCAGAGGAUCUUAUAGUGCUGCUCAUUAAUCAGUAGGCCUGCUAUAGUGUAUGGUAAUCGCUGCUGGAAGAAUAUUAUAUAUUUUGUACACUGUAUAUAGGUUCAAAAUUAUAAAAAAAACAUACCAGUAUUUUUCUCCAAAUUGAUGCACAUAAUGGCAUCGAUUAACGCUAUGAUAUUUGGAGAUCAUCAUGAAAUUGGUCCAGAAUGUCACAACACACACACACACACACACACACACACACACACACACACACACACACACACACACACACACACACACACACACACACACAUGCACUCGUUUAAUUCUCUGAGUUUUGUGCUUUUACUGAUGAGGCACCUUUCCAAAUUGCUGUUUUAUUUUAAAGGGCUAAUUCACAUCAUCAUCAUGAUGUUGGACUCUUGCUUGUUAAGUCAAGAUGGUUACUUGAUGUUUAUGACGCCUUUUAAUGUGUGCCACUGUAAUUUGUCCGAUGAAUAAAUGUGCAUAGAUUCAGCUUCAUUGUUUUGUCAUCACUCGCUAUGAAUUUUAUGUGGUGCAAAAUCCCAGUGCAAGUUACAGUGAUAGUAAAAGGCAUUAAUAAAUCACUUGAAUUUAACAACGAUGGUCGGCAGUUCAAAGACAAACAUUUUUUUCUCAUUCCAGUUUCACUGCAUAACUAACUUGUUAAUAAUGUCAGUGUUUACAUAAUAUGUUUUGUGGAGGAUAUAACAGUUUGCAGUGUUUAUGAAUUCACUUUAUUACAUUUCAUUCUCAGGAUAUUUUCUUUUUCUUUGAGCAUUGAAUUACAGUAUUUUUUCCCCAUGAAUUAUUGUGGCUAAAUCAAUAUCACUGUAUUUCUGGCAAACUUGUAUUGUACUGUGGAAAAUAUGUUGGUGCAGUGUUCCUUUCUGUAAGCAUUGAACGGAAGAUGGCUUGCAAAAGUUAUUUUAUUUUUAUGUGUCAUAAGCUAUAAUGCCAUGAACCUUUUUUUGGUAACUGUGAUAAACCAGGAGCCUGCACUUGCAAUUUUCAGAAAGAAAGAAAAAAAAAAAAAAAAAA